CGUAUGUACAACAGCCAGUCGCAGAGAAUGCUGCGACAACAGAACUUCUCGCGGUGUGCAUAUGUUUCCUCUUUGAACAAUUUAUAAACUUAAUAGUUUUGAAUAAGAUCGGAACGACAACCAGCGAAACAAGUGCAGUAAUGUAAUUAACUUUGUGCUUCUUUUUUUUUAUUAACGUUAUUCUAACAGUCAAGUGCAAUAAUCGUUUUCAUCAAUCAAGUGAAUCGAAAACUACCGACAAUCAAAAAUCCUAAUCAGAAGUAUUUCCUUGUACAACUAAUUUGGAAAUUUCUGUCACGAUGGAGCCGACUACUUUACUUCUGACGAUUCUGACAGCGGGUGUUUGCUUAUACUAUUUUGUUCUAAGCAAGUUAACUUAUUUUGAGCGACUGAAGGUCCCGUAUGUGCAACCCAUUCCAUUUUUUGGCAACAUGGCGCCUUUUGUUUUUCGACGGAUAUCUAAUGUGGAACUUAUACAAAAAAUGUACAAUCUCUUCCCGGACGCAAAGUAUUUCGGCUUCUUCGAUUUUUCAUCACCAACUUUUAUUAUCCGUGAUCCGGAGCUGAUUUCGAUGAUCGCCAUUAAACAUUUUGACAACUUUUGCGAUCAUCGUGCCUUCGUGAAUGAAUCUCUGGAUCCGAUAGCUGGUAGAAAUCUGUUCAAUUUGCGAGGAGAUCAUUGGCGCGAGAUGCGAAAACUUCUUAGUCCUAGUUUUACAUCCAGCAAGAUGAAAAUGAUGUUUGAACUAAUGAGUCAGUGCGCUGAGAACUGUGCCACUUUUGUGGCAACGGAAGCUGGAAAAGCCGGCAAGACGUAUGACAUGAAAGAGAUACUUUGCAGAUAUGCGAACGACACGGUGGCAACGUGCGCUUUCGGCAUCAGCGUGGAUUCUUUUAAGUUUCCGAAAAACGAAUUCUUCAUGGUUGGCAGAAAAGCAAUGGUUUUUGAAGGCUUAGUGUCCUUCAAGUUAUACAUGCAUAGAAACUUUCCGCUACUUGCAGAUCUCUUCAAGCUGAGAAUGUUUGGUCCAAAGAUAGAGAACUUUUUCAAGGAUGUUGUUUCCAAUACAGUGAAGACCAGGGAUGAGCAAGGAAUUGUUCGGCCGGACAUGAUGCAACUAAUGAUGGAGACCAGGAACAAAGAUAAUAGACGUGAGUUUGACAUCAACGAGAUGACCGCCCAGGCAUUCGUUUUCUUUCUUGCCGGAUUCGAUACUGUUUCAACAGCUAUGUGUUGCAUGACACACGAAAUCGGUAUCAAUCCUGAUGUACAAAGAAAAUUGAGAGAAGAAAUCGACGACGUUCUUAGACAGACCAACGGCAAACCUACCUACGAGGCUAUCAAUCGCAUGAAGUAUUUGGACGCCGUAAUAACUGAAACUCUCAGAAUGUAUCCAAUAGUAUCUUUUCUUGAUAGAGUAUGCAUCAAAGAGACCGAAUUACCACCAGCGACACCGAAAAGCAAACCAGUCACGUUAAAACCCGGGGACCGUGUAUGGUUUCCAAAUUAUUCUUUGCAUCGCGAUCCUAAGUACUACCCACAUCCAAACAAGUUCGAUCCAGAAAGAUUCCUCGAUAACACUGUGGACAAUUCAAUCUAUAUGCCAUUUGGUAUAGGGCCCAGAAUCUGCAUUGGUAACAGGUUCGCUCUAAUGGAAACAAAAAUCAUGCUGUUUUAUCUGCUUUGGCACUGCGAUCUCGAACCCGAUGACAUUAAAACAAAAAUUCCUAUGGUGUUUAGUAAGACAUCAUUUACGACAACGGCAGAAGGAGGCUUCUGGUUGAAAUUGCGAGCAAGGAAUUUGAAGGCUCCUGUUACACAAGGUUUAUCUAAUGGACACAAAGUUGAGGAACCAUGAUAGCAUUAAUAAUACGUUUAAAGCGUGACGUUAUACUUAAAGAUGAUUUUUUUAAAUAUAUUUGUAAGAAUAUGGCUUUUUCCUUAAUUGGAAAGGUAAAAACUUUAAAAUAUGAAUUUCAGAAGAGGCAUUUUUUAAAUAAGUAUCGUUACAUUAAAAAAAAAAACAAAUUUUUUACCAUUUGUCUAUAUUUAUAAUGUUCUUUUAAAAUACAUUAAUUAAAUUCCUGUAACAUGAAUACAUAUCUUUUUUGUGUUGACUUCAAUCGUAAUAUAUAAAUUAAAUAAGUUUAAUAAGUAA